GCUUCCGCUGCUGCUAGCGCGCCUGCGCCUACCCGCUUCCGCGAAACUGAGUUGGGCUCUGCUGUGCGAAAAUGUAUAAAACAAUGAAAUGAGUUGAUGUUUUAUAGCAAUUUUAGUUCAACUGCUUAGGAGAAUGUCUUCGUUUCGGAGGUUUAGCCAAUGGUUUCAACCGGAACCCGAGAAUGUGGUACUAAAUUGGAUUAGAGGAGCAAAUGUCGUCUUCGGGCCAGUGACAAGACGAUAUUUGGACUCUUUUGAAAAGUACAGUGGGGAUGCCAAGCAUAUCACAGAAAAACAGCUGAUGAAAGCUAUGAAUGAAAUUGGUUUCUUUCCUACUAAAUCACAAGUGUAUUGUAUGCUUCACACUGCUGCUGAAUGUGACCCAAGAGAUAAUACAGGUCACAUCACCUUCGGAGAGUUUUGUAUAUUUGCCUCAGAAUUAGAACAACAGUAUGUGCGACCAAGAAUUCUUCCUAGACUUACCUCACCCUCACAUUCCAGAUAUAGACCCAUCCCUCCUAGUCCUUCCAAGAAGCAAAGAUCAUCAGUCAUUUCAGAUUUCAAUGUAUUUUUAGGUGGCUCGUGCAAUCCUACUACGUGGAGGAGAGAUGUAGCUAUUCCUCUGCUUAAAGAGUAUAGCCUUACCUUCUACAACCCACAAGUAGAAACUUGGAGUCCUGACCUCAUAGAGAUUGAAGACAAGGCCAAGAGACUUGCUGAUCUUCUCUUGUUUGUCAUUGAUAAUUCUACCCGUAGCAUAGCCUCCAUGGUGGAAGCUUCAUUUCUUGCAGGUGCUCAGAGGCCACUCAUUUUGGUGCUAAAAGGAUUGCCUUCCGUUGUUGACAAUGAGAGAUUAUCAGAAAACACUACUUCUUCCACCUCCUCCGCUGCCUUAACCUUUGACCUCAGUAAUGAUGAUGACCCCUAUGACCCCGACAGGGAACUGGCCGACAUGGGGACGGCCCAUGCCUUCCUCUGCGACCUGGUGGAGAGACAGUGUUUGCCGAUCUUUGACGACCUGGACACGGCGCUCCAUUGCACGGCGAAGGUGCUGAACCAGGGCGUGCCGAUCCCGGAGUUGGGCCUGAGCGACGGGGCCCAGCCAGUCAAGUACCCGGAUGUCAGAAUCGGACUGAGACUGAUAAACUUGAAAGAGACUUUUAGGACAUAUGAUCCUCAAAAGACUGGCCUCAUAGCAUUAACAGAUGCGCUGCUAGCUAUGAGGUCAUUGACCCAGAAAGACCUGUCUUUCCCAGCCUACGAUCAGAUCGUCAGGAGUUGUAGCAAGUCCGGGGACAAACCAGAAUUUGACUACAACGAGUUCUGUUGCCUUGUGACGGAGUAUCUUUUCUAUCAACCCGCCCGCAAUGGCCUUUCAAAGUUCUUCCAAUCAACUUACAGGUUCUUCCGUCAGUUUGGGCGGGGCGAUGUCGAGGAGGAGGAGGAGGUUGAGGUCCAGCGAGAUGUCUUCCUCGGUGGAUCCUGUCGGGAUAGUCAUUGGAGGGAAAAGAUCGUCAUUCCAAUCCUUAGGAAAAAUGGCAUGACCUAUUUUGAUCCAGUUGUACCCAACUGGAAUCUCAGGUAUCUCCCUCUAGAGGCCCAAGCUAAGGACAACUGUAACUACCUCUUCUUUGUCAUCAAUAAUCUAUCCAGGUCAUCUGCUUCCAUGGUCGAGGUCGCUCACUAUAUUGGCCAAGCUCGGAAUGUGAUUUUGUGUAUACAGGACCUCAAAGAUGGAGUGGUCGUCAAUGGAGAGGAGCUUACUCCAAGAGCCGUCAAGGACUACAAUAGAGGGCGCCAGUACCUUGCCGACGUCGCCAGCCGCGAGCGUGUCCCGAUAUUCAGUGACGUGGAGGAGGCAACGCACGCCCUCGUGGAGAGGAUCAGGAGAGACCAGGAGAAGGUGAUGAGGGAGAAUCCGUCCCCCUCCCAUCAGGCCUGCUACGUCCCUUCCGCUCCACAGAACCCAGCGGAACCUCGGUCACCAAUGUCCUCCUGCCUUGGACUUUGACCCUACCGCAGCUGAUGGAGCCGAUGCUGACUCACUUGCCAAAGUCCUCCAGGGAGUAUCUAUUAUAUGAAAUAAUCGUUGCUGGGGUCAUAAAACUUCAUACAGUCAAACCUAUGUUAGUAGACAUCCUUCCAAAGCAGCCACCUGCCUAUAGUGACCACUUCAAGUGAUUACCUUGGAGCAGAAUGUGUGCAGAAGAGCCAGUCAAUAGCAGUCACUUGUUUACAAAGGCCACAUUAAGUGCUUUCCUUGGGUGGUCACUACAGAUGGGCUUCACUGUAUUUCAGAAUUAAAUUUUCUUUUAGAACAGCUCAGAUAUAGCUUGAAUUUUUAAAGAGCUUUUGACAAGUAGCAAUCUCUUGCCCAGAAAGAGUGCUCUACAGGAAUUAGGAGACUGUUUUCAGACAAUAUGACGUUGCCACCACUCCAUGUUGCUAAAACCCAUCCUUUUCUGAGCUGCCCUCAAAGUAUUUUAAUUAGGGGAUACAAGGUUUGAAGAGCCCAGCACUGAAGUGAUUGGCAAACAUGCUUCCUUGGUUUUCUUUUGCUGGCCAUUCUCUAAUUCUCUAGCUAGGUGCGAUGCAGCUUUCUUAGAAGCGUACCUGGUGAGUCUCGUGACCAUAAUCCCCUUUUCUGCGGAUUGGAAUUCUUGCCUUUUUCUUUGAAGUGACCUGCAGGGCCUGUUGCACAAAAGCUUGUGUUUGAACACAAAACAGAAUGUGAACUUCUGAUUGGGUGAAAGUUAAGCUGCGUUUGAUUUUCUCAAUUCACUUAAGGUGAUCGUUUCACUUUGUUCUGAUUUGAAAUUUCUCAUUUUGGCUCUUGGAAAUGGGCUAAACAUUAGGCUUAUAGUGUAAAAAUACAAUUCCAAAAGUUUCAAAGUAUCAUAUCUAAAGGAACUAUUCUAAAACUUUGGAGAUGUAAACCAAAGUUUGAAAAUAAUUGGGAGUUUGGUUCAGUGAAUAUGUGUAUACAGCGAAUCUGUGCACCACAAUUAACACAAACUCUAGAUGAAACCAGCAGACCUAACAUUAUACAUACAUUGUGUACAAGCUACAUGUACACUGAAUGCACAGUGCAGCUAAUAAUAGUGUGUGUAUAGGAGAUACACACAGCAGAAGGGAUUCAACACAGCUAACAGUUUUUGAAUUUGGGAAAACUGGGCACAUGCUGAAUGCGUCUUAGAGACGGUUCUCAAAAUCAGGCUAAUAAAUUGCUACUUGUGUCUAAAUUAGAGUUUUCAGCCAGGGGGGCCACUUACAUUGACGAGUGGAUACCAUGCGCGACCAAAUAACCAUGUAAAUACGAUGUCUUUUUGAAGAUAGGGCACGUUACGUACGUAACGUACUAAGGGUGUCAAAAACACUAAAAUAAUGAAAAAAGGUAUCUAUUUUCGCUAGGAAGGCUACGUGUUUAGGGUCAAAUUUGCGAAGGUAUAAAAAAUUAAGACUAUUUUGUUUUAUAAAGGAUGUACGUUUUGCACCAAGAGUCAACACUACGUGUUUAGAGUACUAUUUGCGCAAGGUGUGGCUGCACUAAACCCAAUGAUGUAGGUAAAGGUAAAACCGACGUCCGUGACAUAACAAUUGAAAUAUCGCUGUACAGGGGUUCAAUUCAGGGAAUACUUGCCAAUAGUAUCAUUUUGUUUCCAAUACUUGUUAAGGGUAGGGUUUCACACGCCAAUACUUAAGGGGCGUCAUUUUCAGAAUAUGGAAAAUACGUGUUUAGGGUGCUUUUCGAGACCCCAUGGUCGCGCAUGGUAUCCACUUGUCAAUGGAACUGGCCCCUCCGGGAGUUUUCAAUAAUAUAUUGUGGUCUGUUUCAGGGUUUUGAGGACAAAUCAAGCAUUCAUACACAUGUUUCAUCUUAGUUUGAUAAUUUUUUUUUUAAAUCAGCUCCUCACAAGGUGAAACGAUCCUUUUAAAAUCAGAUUUUUUACUGCAUACUCCUCACAUAGCUUUUGCCUAAUGAUAUGCACCUUUCAGUACCAAAGAGUAGGUUAAAAAAGAAAUGUUUGCAUCUUUACGUUUAAAAGGUAGUGUUUACUUUCGCUCUUUCAUAUUUUGAAUGAAGGACAUCGACUUAUUAUAUUGUAUAUGUAAUGUGCAGCAGAAACCAAAUUUAAGUCCUGGAAAAUAUUAACCCUUAUUUUACUUGAAGGGGGGUAUGAUUGAACCCCCCUAGUAAAUGCUUUGUCUGAAAUAGCCCAGUUAAAAUAGGGUUAAGUGACAGUUCUGAUUUUUUUUUGGAUUGAGUAGCAUGUUUUGGAAUAAUUUAAGAAAACAAUUCGUUUGAAAUAAAGAUAUACUUGUACAAAUUA